GCUCGCCCCAUCAAGUUGUAGCACGGUCCUGCCUCGUUUCUCCACAGUCUUGCCGAGCCAUCCAAACACUACCGCAGAAAGGGGCUGAGCACAACAUCCAACUGCAGCCAUGAACGGUACAGAGGGACCGGCAUUCUACGUGCCUAUGUCCAACGCCACCGGCAUUGUUAGGAGCCCGUACGAGUAUCCCCAGUACUACCUGGUGGCGCCAUGGGCAUACGCCUGCCUGGCCGCAUACAUGUUCUUCCUCAUCCUCACCGGCUUCCCCGUCAAUUUCCUCACUCUGUACGUCACCAUCGAGCACAAGAAGCUGCGUACACCUCUCAACUACAUUCUGCUGAACCUCGCCAUUUCCGACCUCUUCAUGGUGUUCGGUGGCUUCACCACAACGAUGUACACCUCGAUGCAUGGCUACUUCGUUCUCGGACGCAUCGGCUGCAACCUCGAAGGCUUCUUCGCAACCCUGGGUGGUGAAAUGGGCCUUUGGUCCCUGGUGGUGCUGGCCUUUGAGAGGUGGAUGGUCGUCUGUAAACCUGUGAGCAACUUCCGCUUCGGAGAGAACCACGCCAUCAUGGGUGUUGCCUUCACCUGGGUCAUGGCCUGCUCCUGCGCCGUGCCUCCCCUGGUCGGCUGGUCCCGUUAUAUCCCCGAGGGCAUGCAGUGCUCGUGCGGAGUCGACUAUUACACUCGCGUACCUGGCGUUAACAAUGAGUCCUUUGUCAUCUACAUGUUCAUCGUCCACUUCAUGAUUCCAAUGGUUGUCAUAUUCUUCUGCUACGACCGUCUCGUCUGCACCGUCAAAGAAGCCGCUGCCCAGCAGCAGGAGUCCGAGACCACACAGAGGGCCGAGCGUGAGGUCACCCGCAUGGUCAUCAUCAUGGUCAUUGGCUUCUUGAUUUGCUGGGUCCCCUAUGCCAGCGUGGCCUGGUAUAUAUUCACCCACCAGGGAAGCGAAUUUGGGCCUGUCUUCAUGACACUGCCAGCCUUCUUUGCCAAGACCGCUGCUGUCUACAACCCGUGCAUCUACAUCUGCAUGAACAAGCAGUUCCGUCACUGCAUGAUCACCACCCUGUGCUGCGGCAAGAACCCCUUCGAGGAGGAAGAGGGCGCCUCCACUACUGCAUCCAAGACCGAGGCUUCGUCCGUGUCUUCCAGCUCCGUGUCCCCAGCGUAAACACUCGUCCGUGACACACGAUAAGCAGCUACGUGCACUGGGCUUUGACGGCGACCGACGACACAGAGACCACAAAGUGUUCAGCCCAGGGAAACGAGCGACCGCUACCACUUGCAGAAAAAAAUGUUCGUCAGUUUUCCUUUUUGUAUUUUUACAAAACCCAAUUGGUUCAACCAAAA